UCUGCUGGCCGCUUGCUGGUCCGCCGCCGCUGCCGCCUCCGCAGCCGAGUGGAUGGGCGCCCUGGAGCAGGCGCUGCUGCUCGGCCUCAACUCCACGGACGAGUUCAGCUUCCGGGACUGCGUGUGGCGCAGAGGCAGCGACCGAGACGCCUGCCCUGACCCAGACGUCCACCUGUACCUCUACACCAGCGCCAACGCGAGCCGCGUGGAGGUGCCGCAGUCGCGGUCGGCGCUGGCGCGCGGCGAGUGGCUGCGAGAGGCUGCGGGGAACGGCGGCGGCGGCGGCCUGGGUGGCCGGCAGCUGAUGCUGCUGGUGCACGGGUACGCCGGCGGCGACGGCCUGCUGCCCGCCGUCGUGCUGCGCGACGCGUACCUGCGCUCGGGCCGCUUCUGGGUGCUGGUGGCGGACUGGGGCGCGCUCGGCCGCCCCCCCUGCUACCCUGCCGCCGUGCACAACCUGCGGACCGCCGCCAGCUGCCUGGCGCGCCAGCUGUCCGCGCUGCGCCAGCUCGGCGGACUGGCGCCAGCCGCCUGCGUUGGCCACUCGCUGGGCGCACACCUCUGCGGCCUGCUGGCGCGACAGCUGCGCUUCCGCCUCCCCACGAUCAUAGGUCUUGACCCGGCGCGUCCGCUGGUGAGGGCGGCGCUGCGCCUCGCGCAGGGCGACGCCGGCCACGUGCAGACGCUGCACACCAACGCCGGCCACUACGGCGAGCUGGCCACGCCGCGCAUGGCGCACGUGUCCGUCUGCGUCAACGGCGGCCGCCUGCAGCCCUUCUGCCUCGACAAGACCGACCCACACCUGUGCAGCCACGUGCGCUCCGUCUGCCUGCUGGCCGAGACGCUGCAGGCGGAGGGUGCUCGCCGCGCCGCCCCCUGCGGCCGCCGCUGCGUCGCCCCCGCCUCCGCCACCGCUUCCGCCUCCGGCGCCGCCCCCGCGGGGAGAUCAGCCCACAGGCCGGGCAGCUUCCUCGCGGCGACCAGGCCCGGCGGUCUGCUGUUCGGACACCUCGCGCCCCCCAGCGCCAGCGGUUCGUUCUGCGUGAGCACGCCGGAGGGCGAGGAGCCCUUCUGCCCGCGCUUCGAGGGCGAUGCGGGCGACCGCCGCUGCUGCUCGCGAACGCAGGCGCUGCCGCCCGCCCCCGCCGCCCCCAGCGCGCCGCCCCCGGAGGCCGACCGCGGCUCGCAGGAGCUGCACGGCACGGCCGCCCCGCUGCUGGCGUGGCAGCUGGCCACGGCGGAGCCGGCGCGCCUCCAGCCCGCCACCGUCUCGCAGGGCUACGCGGCCGUCAAGGGCUGA